AUGCCGCGGCUGGAGGUUCCUAGCACCGGGCUGUCCCUCCGACCGGCGGAGCACCCCAGUGGCACCGCCUCCUCCAAGCCGGUCCAGAUCAUGCGGCUGAAUCUGGUGCAGGUCACGCUGGACGAGCUCAUCCAGAGUCUGCGGAAUGACCAACCUGCUCGGGUUCGUCUGGGAAAACACCCGGCCCUUCACUACGGCACCAAGUCCCAAUCCUUCCACGCCUAUCCCGAGACCCACCGUUCCGAGCUCUACCAAGGAAGCUCCUCCGAUCAGCAACAUCUAUACUUCAGCGGAGUCUUGAGCCACAGCCUGGAAGUGGAGAAGGCAAAGGAGGAUACUGCAGCUACGGACCAAGCUCUGGCCAACCUGGAGGAGAGCCUGAACGCCUUCGAACGCGGGAAGGAGUCCAAGAAAACACACAUGAUUGCCCACCCGGAUGAACUGAAAGCUCUUCGGGCUGGCAAGAAAUCUACUGCUCGAGGGCCCGCGGGCAAGCUCGAAAAAGAUCGGUUUCUAAAAACAGCCACCCCCCGGUCCCUGACGUCGAGCCCAGCCUUGGGGUCCGCCAUAUCACCCGCCCCCAUUCGGACUCCGACCUCCGCGCCGAUCUCCCAAAACAAAGAUCGGAUUCGGUUGGAAGCCCUCAAGACCCCCUUCAUUCACCUCCUCGCCGUCCGGGCCGUGUCGACCAAGUUUCUCGGGCGUCAAACCCGGUCCUCCCCCGAGGAUUGCGCCUCGUUGGCCCAGAAGUAUGGCGUGGAGAACCGGCUGAACCGGGAAAAGUUCGACCUCAAGGACAAAACCUACAAGGAUCUGGAUGUCUGGGGCUUCCCCUACCCAACCCCAGAGGACCGGCAGGAGGCGAUUGAGAAUGCCAUCUCCGCCUUUGAUCGCAUGCGGAUCUCCCGCAACGACAAGCUGUGGCAAAUGCUGCUUCCGAAGGAGGAGCGAGGCAAGGGGAAGUGCCUGUCGCGGCUGAAUCUCACCGGGGGCCCGAUCAAGAAGCCUCUCACCCCCCGCCUUCAGGCGUCGGAGGAGCGAGGCAAAGAGGGCUACACCACUGGCAAUGAAACCGACCGUGGAACGGGAUCCGGUGCGGCUCAGGCCGCAACUCCUCGGUCAGGCUCAAAAGCCAAACUCAGCGAGAAGGAUACACCCAAGCGGUCUGCCAAGGGCAAGAAUACCACCUUGACCGGGCGAGUCACGAAGAAGACCGCAAGCAAACCGGCCUCGAAGGCCGAGAGCAAGAUCAAGUCCGCGGAAUUUGUGCACGAUUCGGAUGACGAGGAUGAGGACAUGGCGGAUGUGGCCCCCACUCCGGCGCCUGCCGUCAAGCCAAGCAAGUCGGCCGCAGCCAAACCUCGUGUGACCGACACACCGCCAGCGCCCACCCCCAAGGUUCCCAAGCUCGAAUCCUCCUCGAAAGGGACCGUCUCCAAGAAGCCGGCCCCGCGAGCGUCCACCUCUCCGCAGAAGCCUUCUCCCUUGGGAUCUUCGCCGCCCGCCAAUGCCUCCGAUGCUCCCAGCCGCAGUGGCUCCGACGGCCAGAACCAAUCCUCGAGCUCCUCGUCUUCUUCUCCGCUCAUAACCCAGCUGGCCAGAACGAACAGAGCCACCACCGGGGUCGCAUCGAAGCCGGCAGCAAAGACCAACGGCAUUGCCAAGGCCGCGGCCACGGCCAAUCCCCUGAAACGCAAGGCUGAGCCUGACCGGUUGUCCGUGCCCCACGCACCAGCCACAGCACGCGCAGCCAGCAGCAACCUGGAGCACAAGCGGCGCCGGGCGAUCAGCAGCUCGAGCGGCGGCAGCACGGGCAGCGUCUCUCCGCCGAUGAGCCACGAGCUGCUUCGACAGCAGCUGCGGGAGAAGUCGCAGAAGUUCAAGAAUUUUUACGCCAAGUACCGCUCCUUGCAUGACUCCCUUGCGGGCCAGGCGGAUCCUGCACGGUCGGACCUGGAUCGGCUACAGAAACAGCAUACUCGGCUACAGCGCAUGAAGAAGGAGAUUUGGGAUGAAGACCAACAACUUCGGGACGAGAUUUUGGCAUGA